CAGGUCGCUCGCUCGCCCACACACUGUCAAGUUCAACUCCCCGCUCCGCUCCCCCAAAGAUUCCAAAUUUUCCCAAAUCGCUGGCCUCAAUCGCCCGCGCCCCCGCCGAAUCCCCAGAUCCCCACCUCCUCCCGCGCGCCCCGGCCCCCAGCUCCGCCCAAUUCUAGGGUUCCCCGCCCGUACGCCAGCUCCCCACCGCCAGAUUAGGGUUUCCAUCUCGCAUUCCGCCCUCCCGGAGCUUCCCCUUCCGGGCGAUUGGAGCCGGAGAGGAGCGUCCGGCCGCGGCGAGCUGCGGGUUCCCUCUGCCUAGGGCCUGGAUUUCCGGCGGCGGGGGGGAUGUCGUGAACGCCGGAGCUUGCUUGCUUGCUCUUCCCCGUCCGUCGGGGAGCUGAGGUGAGCUGAGCUGAGCUCAGGCUAGGCUAGGGUUUCGUGCUGCGUGCUCCGUCAGCGAGGAGGGCAGCCGGAGAUGUUCUACUCGCAGUUCAUCUUGGCCAAGAAGGGCCCGCUCGGGACCAUAUGGAUCGCCGCGCACUUGGAGCGCAAGCUCCGCAAGAACCAGGUCACGGACACGGACAUCGGCGUCUCCGUAGAUUCAAUUAUAUUCCCUGAGGUUCCAAUUGCGCUGCGGUUAUCCAGUCAUCUUAUGGUAGGCGUGGUCAGAAUCUAUUCUCGGAAGGUCAACUACCUAUUUCAUGAUUGCAGUGAAGCCUUGCUCAAGAUAAAACAAGCAUUUAGGUCUGCUGCUGUUGAUCUCCCCCCUGAAGAAUCAACUGCUCCAUAUCAUUCUAUAACACUCCCUGAGACAUUCCAUCUUGAUGAUUUUGAGUUACCGGAGGCUGAGUUUCAGGGGGACAUUGAUCAUCAUGUAAGCUCAAAAGAACAGAUUACCCUGCAAGACAACCCAGAGAGAACAGGAUAUUCAACAUCUGAAUUUGGUUUAGAUGAAAGAUUUGGUGAUGGCAGUUCUUCACAUAUGGGUUUUGAUUUGGAGGAGGAAUUAUUGCUGGCGAAGGAUGAUCCAAUUCAACUCGAAUCUGGUGAUGGUAUCCUCAUUCAAGGUCAAUCAUCACUUCAUCCUACUGAUAUGGAUGUUGACGAUAACCCAAGUAAAGAUGAAGAGGCUGAAGCAUAUAACAAAAUGGAUGAUGAACCUUCUAGUUCCAGCAAGCAAAAUCAAUCGAAUGCAGAUGAUUUAAGAAACAAUAUUCCUAACUGGACUGGUUACAAUUUGCGUACCCCUGAUUUGAAUGAUAUGCUUUUCCACAAUGAAGGUGACGCGGGGCCAUCUUCUUCAUACUAUCAGCCUAGUCCCUUCCCUUGUGAUGAUCCUGCAUCUCCUGCCUCUCCUGCCUCUCCUGAGUUUGUAAGCGCUCAAGCCCCAGCUACACCUGGCUUAAUGGAAGAAACAGUUCCUUCCAGAGUGCAUGAAAGUCCUGUUCUGAGUCCGCAACGGAAAGCUUCACCAUCAAGCAACGAGGAAACUGCAAAGAUUGACAAUUUUGCUGCUCCGCCCUCAGAUUUUGUCCAUUCAGCCGCAGCAAAUGAUGCUGGGAUGGUUGAAUUUGGAUUGACUAAGCCUGUGCAAGUUGAGUCUUCUGGUGCCGCACAGGAGAAUUCUGCCGCUCCAUCCUUAGAUUUUCUCCAUUCAGCUACAGCUACAGCUAAUGCUAAUGAUGCUGUUGGUGCUGAGAUGGCUGAGUUUAGCUUGGUUAAGCCUGUGCAAGUUGAGUCUUCCGGUGCAGCACAGGAGAAUCUUGCCGCUCCAUCCUCAGAUCCUUUCCAUUCAGCUGCAGCAAAUGCUAAUGAUGCUGUUAGUGCUGAGUUUGCUGAAUUUGGAUUGGCUAAGCCUGUGCAAGUUGAAUCAUCUGGUGCUGUAGCUCCACCCUUGGAUUUUCUCCAUUCAGCUGCAGUAAAUGCUAAUGAUGCUGUUGGUGCUGAGAUGUCUGCAUAUAGAUUGACUAAUCCUGUGCAAGUUGAGUCUUCCGGUGCACCCUCAGAUUUUCUCCAUUCAGCUACAGCUAAUGCUAAUGAUGCUGUUGGUGCUGUACAAGAGAAUUUUGCUGCUCCACCCUCAGAUUUUUUCCAUCCAGGUGCAGCACAUGCUAAUGAUACUGCACAUGCUGAUGAUACUGUUGGUCCUGAGAUGACUGAAUUUAGAUUGGCUAAUCCUGUGCAAGUUGAGUCUUCUGGUGCUGUACAUCAUAAUUUUGCUGCUCCACCGUUAGAUUUUCUCCAUCCAGGUGCAGCACAUGCUAAUGAUGCUGUUGGUGCUGGGAUGGCUGAAUUUAGAUUGGCUGAGCCGGUGCAAGUUGAGUCUUCUGGUGCUGUGCGGGAGAUGGAUUUUCUGAGGCAACACUCUGCAACUGUGGAUAUGCCACCAGAACCACAAACAUCAAAGGCUACUGUUGAUAAGUUGGUGGUAAAUACUGAGGAUAUAGCUGUAUCAGGUAAAACACUGCCUUUUAAAGCAACCAUGGGAAGUGUGCCAUUUGUUCAGAAUACUUCGGAGCCACGCACUAAUGGUUCUACCGAGACAUACGUGACAGGGAAUCAAACACAUUUUAAUGAGGGGUCAGUAAACAUGCAAGGGUAUAAUUUUCUUGCUUCUAAUGUAUCUGUAGAGCCAUACCCUGGUGGUUCUACCGAGCCAUGGGUGACAGGGCAACAACAACAAAGCUUCUUGUCCCAAGCAAGUUGGGGUAGGCCUAGUGGUUCUACCGAGCCACGCGUGACAGGGCAUCCAACACAUUUUAAUGAGGGAUCAGUAAAUGUGCAAGGGUAUAAUCUGCAUGCUCCUAAUGUGUUUCUCGGACAUAACUUACAAGAAAUACCACCAGGAAUGACACACAGUAAUAUAUCAACUGCUGCUUUCCAACAGAACACUGGAACAAUACCGCAAUACAUGUCAUAUAAUGAUAGACCAAAUGACAUGUUCACCUCAAAUUUCCCAGAACGCGAGAGAAUGCUCUCAGCUCCAUAUAUUGGAUUCCACCAGACAAAUGACUUGGGGCAGUUAACUGCAGAGAAAGGAAUCACUGAAUCUGAUGGAAGUAACAAAAUAGGUAGCCUUAGUAGCAGAAAACGUCACUUGGAGGAUAGCAUGCCAGCUCCAGAGAGUAGGACUACUGAAAAUUUGUCCAGCACACCAGAUGGUCAAAGAACCACUGAUGCUAUUCCUAACGAUGAUGAUAUACUGGCAUCCAUUUUAGUUGGUAGAAGAACCCCUGGAUUGGUGCUUGAUUCAACUCCAUUACCACCUAAUGCAUCAACUUCAAAACGCCAAAGGUUGACACCGAAGACCGCAUUGACACCCAAGACCAGGACACCCAAGAGAAGAGUGAAAAUGGAUGAUGCCAUGGUUAUACAUGCUGAUAUUAUACGGCAGCAGUUGAUUAGUACCGAGGAUAUAAGGCGCAUCCGUAGAAAGGCUCCAUGCACCCGUACUGAAAUAUGGAUGAUCGAGAAAGGUUCACUUGAAGAUGAUAUAUUCCGCGAGCCUAUAUUUUCCUGUAUGCACAAGGACCUGAACGGUUUACACUAUCGAACCUAUGAGUCUGUUUCUCAAUUCACCGUACAUAACAGGGAACCGCAAGGACAAGUAGACAUGUCUGAAACUAUCCGAGCAGAUUACAGCAAUGCUGGCAUCUCUGGUGCAGAGGAAAGUGCAGCUCAUGAUCACCAACUUCAUAUGGUGCUACCAGAUACCAACAAUGUUGACAUCUCUGGUGCAAAGGACAGUGCAGCUCUUCAUCACGAACUGAAUAUGGGACUACCAGAUGGAGCUCACAACGUUGGCAUCUCUGGUGCAAAUGACAGUGCAGCUCUUGAUCACCAACUAAAUAUGGGACUACCAGAUGGAGCUCACAACGUUGGCAUCUCUGGUGCAAAUGACAGUGCAGCUCUUGAUCACCAACUAAAUAUGGGACUACCAGAUGGAGCUCACAACGUUGGUAUCUCUGGUGCAAAUGACACUGCAGCUCUUGAUCUGGGACUACCAGAUGGAGCUCACAACGCUGGCAUCUCUGGUGCAAAUGACAGUGCAGCUCUUGAUCACCAACUUCAUAUGGGACUACCAGAUGGUGCUCAAUUAGAUGCUACACCACAAGAAGCAACUGAUGCAGUUGAUGCUACAGCUGCAUUUGGUUUGCAAAUGCCAUCUGAUGAACGUGAUAACAACAUUGAAAAAGUAACUGAGUUUGGUGACGGGAAAGAAAUCCCACUUGUUGACGAAACAAAUGCUGCUGCAAACAUUACUGCUCAUGUUGAUACACUGGAUAAGGAUUGCCAUCAAGAUGCUUCAGCAGAUAUGCAGAGGAAUACAAAUGCUGAUACACCUCUCUUUGUGCAAGAUGACAUAACCCAUGAUUCUGCUACUAUAACAGAUGCUCCAGAUGUUGCUUUGCAUAGUUCUGGUCCAGCUUGUGCGCAAGCAGUGGACGCCCGGGAAGGGGAAUUGAGUGACAUUGUUCGCAGUGAUAUUAAUACUUUUGAGGAUAAGGAGAUGCCCACUUCUGAGGUUACUGGACUGGAAUUCACUGAACAUGCCUCUGGUUUUCCUCAACCAACAGAGGAUGAGAAUGCUGUGUCGGCGAUGGGAGAAAAUUCUGGCUUGCAAGGAAACAAUGCAGGAUCCUUCACGGACAUGGACAACAUGGGGCAUGACUUCACGGACAUGGACCACACUGGGCAUGACUUUGCACUUAAGGAAUGCAGUGAUUUUGGAAGUGCAAUUCAUGGUGUUGACGCAGAUUUUCUACCCUAUGAUGAUGAUGGGGACUUUGAUGAGGCAAUUGAUCUCGAUGAUGAUGACGAUGAGCCAAAUCCUGACGAAUUCCAGUCUCAUGAUGCACUUAGUGGCUGGUCUUCUCGUACCAAGGGUGUUGCAAGAUAUCUCAAGACUCUGUUCGAUGAAGAGUCUGGUCGGGGGAGAAAGAAUGUUGUCAUUGAUCAUCUGGUAAAUGGAAAGUCUCGGAAAGAAGCCUCAAGGAUGUUCUUCGAGACCUUGGUCCUGUCGACGAAGGACUACAUUCAGGUGGAGCAACCAAUUCCCUUUGGUUUAAUAAACGUGAAGCCAGUAUCCAAGCUCCUGAAGACAGAUUUCUAGACCAAGACCGCCCUAGCAAGAGUGGCAUGAUAUACAUACAUCUUACAAUAUCUGUCACAGCACCAUCAACAACAUACAGAUCGUCUUCUUCAUCCUUGUCAUCGUCGUCGUGACUUGGCCCCCGUUUUUCGUUGUUUGUUGUUAAAUUUAUCCCCCUCCGUAGUAGUAUCGUGCCCCCCGCACUAAUCUGUGCCUAGCAGAGCUGAGCCGAGCUGAAGUAGUAGGGCUGUGUUGUUGUGCUCCAUCCAUGUCAGUGUACAUAUAUGAUUAGCCCGUGUAAAGUUAAGUUCUAUAUGUCGUGUAAUGUGGUAGUGUCGUUGGCUCGGAGGAUGUUAUUGACUGCCUGUUGUUUUACCUUGAACAGUCCUUGGGAACUGUAUGCAUCUGGAUCUGUUGGACUGCUUGUAUUUGGAAGUUUUCCUCAAGUUUCAGGACUGAUGAAUUUUACUGUCUUGAUGCAAUUUGGCAAGAA